AAUUGCAUUUUCACUUUUCGAAGACGCGACCGCAUCGACAAAAAUAUUUUAUUCGCCAAUCAUCAAAUCAUCUUCAAAAAAACAAAAGACCAGAAUUUCUUUGAGAUUUUUUUGAAGUUAAACUUUUAAAUAAACUCCAUUACACUUUUUCAUAAACAAGAAAUGGGUUCCCCAAUUACUCUAGAUGAUUACAAAUUAUGUUGUGAAUUGCACGGACAUAGCAACGAUGUGCGAGCUGUUUCGCCGGCUACUGGCGAGAAUAUAAUUUCCGGAUCACGCGACAAAACAGCCAAAAUAUGGAAAAAGUCUGGAGAUGAGGAGUAUGUGGAAGGUGUAACCUUGCGAGAUCAUUCAAACUUCGUGUCGUGUGUCUACUAUCUGGAAGCUGAUAGACUUAUUUGCACAGGAAGCAACGAUGCUACCAUUUGCAUUUACAAGGAAGAUGGAUAUGUCCCGGCGUGUGUCCUCAAAGGACACGAUUCGACCGUCUGUUCGAUAAGCAAAGGGGUGGAAUCGAUGAGUCUUGUUUCGGGGAGUUGGGACAAAACUGCUCGCAUUUGGGCAAUAGACGAAUCUGGAUUGUCGUGUGCUGUUGUCCUGAAGGGACACGAAGGCGCUGUGUGGUCAGUGAUAAGUUUGCCGAACAAACAAAUUGUCACAGGAUCUGCAGAUAAGACGAUUGUCUAUUGGAAUCCUGCAGGCGAACGUCUAAAAGUCUUAAAGGGACACACCGACUGUGUUAGAGGUCUAGCGAGCCUCGGAGAUGGUUCUUUGGUCAGUUGUGCCAACGAUGCAGUGAUUCGGUAUUGGAACGAGGAUGGCGAUUGUGUCCGGGAGCUGUGUGGCCAUUCGAAUUACAUUUACUCCGUUUCACAAAACCUUGCCCUUGGGAGGGAUGUCAUUGUUUCUGGUGGGGAGGACAGCUCACUGCGUAUGUGGAGUGUGAACUCCGGAGAGCUUGGCCGCCCCAUCAUUCAUCCAACUCAAUCAGUUUGGUCGGUUGCCUGCCUGAAGAAUGGUGACAUAGUCACUGGCAGCAGUGACGGUGUGGUGAGGGUUUUCACUCGCGAUGCUUCCAGAUUUGCAAGUGAAUCAAUUCUCACAGCAUUCAAUGAAGCUGUCAGGGUAAGGGCGGAAAAGAUGAACGAGGAACUGGGAAAUAUGAAGAAAUCAGACCUACCCGGAGUCAAUUCCCUAUUGAUCGAUGGAAAAUCUGACGGACAGAAGAAAAUCGUUCGACACCCUGAUGGCACAGUUAAGUGUUACGUUUGGGAAAACCAAAAAUGGAAUCUUAUUGGCGAUGUAACCGGCGCCACGGGAGGCGCAUCAACAGAAAAGAAAGAGUUCGAAGGAAAGUUCUAUGAUUUCGUGUUCUCGGUUGAUAUCUCCGACGAUGCUCCACCCCUAAAACUGCCCUACAAUCGUGGAGAGGAUCCUUGGCAUGCGGCACAAAAAUUCAUACACAAAAAUACCCUACCUCAAGUUUAUCUUGAUGAAGUUGCAAAUUUUAUUGUGAAAAAUGCAAAGGGCAAGGAUGACCCCAUGGAACCCCAACCGUCAGUUAGUGGCUAUCAAGAUCCAUUCACCGGGGGUUCGAGGUAUGUGCCUGGUUCGGCUGCGAGUAACACAUCUGCUGGUGGAAAUGUUGAUCCGUUCACAGGAGCCUCUAGCUACUCAACCACUGCCCCAGCCAAAGUUGAAGUCAGUUUUACCCAAGGCAAGCAUUUCCCCUUGACCAUGUUUUUAACCUUCGAUAAGUGUGAUCCCCAAAAGGUCUUAGAGAAGUUAAGAGAAUUCAAUCAAAAACAAGUUGAAGGAACCGGAGUUAGCGACAAUCUCUUGGAAACAGUUGUUCGAUUAGCCGCUGACGUUCCCGAAAUCGACAAGACUGCAAUCGAAGCCCUGCGUCAUCUGCUGCGAUGGCCCAGCGACAUUCUUUUCCCCGUUCUCGAUAUCACUCGGUUGGCAAUACGGAAUGAGGAAAUAUUCAACUUCCUCAACUCGUUCAAAUUCCUUGAAAUCAUACUGCCCAAUCUCAAUACAUCAGCCCCCAAUCAACUCAUGAUCAUUCGUUGUCUCGCCAACAUGAUGAACCACCGCAGUGGUCGUCAGCAAGUCGAAUCGUGUUUGGAGCCGACGAUUGAGAUCUUGAAGGGCAUAAAAUCGGGCAGUGCCAAUCUUCAAAUUGCAAUAGCUACGUUCUAUCUGAAUGCCACCAUAUCGCAGAAGCAAGCUACGGCCAACAACGACAUGUGUCGCCUCAUCACCGAGGGAAUCAUCGAGCUACUGGUGUGGUCGAAUGAUCUGGAGGCGUGUUACAGGUCGAUUCAGGCCAUUGGCAAUCUAACAACGACAACCCAUGCUCAACUGACAAGUGCCCAGGUAAUAUCAGUUGACUCGGUUAUGGAUAAAAUUCGCACCUUCGCCGAUCACCCUCAAGUCGUUGGAUUCGAGAAAUUAACGGCAGCGGCCAAGGCUCUUUUAGCUGCAUUCUAAUCAAGAAGAGAAGAAGAAAGAAAAAUAUGAGAACAAAUUUUGUUUUUUUAAUCUUUAUUUAAUUGUAACACUUAUGGGACUUAUUAACACUUUGUUAUUUCGGAACAGUUGGCUUCUGUGAGAUGUGGACACAUAAUUGUGAAUAAUAAACUACUUAUGAUGUUCUGCGA